AUGAACAGGCAUCUCGCCACAGAUAGACACAAUGUUGCCACGAGCAUGAGACAGAGAUACAAAUAUAAGAACACCACAAGACACACAGAUCAUAGCCAAACAACACCGGAGAUACAGGCACUAAUAAGCACAAGACACAGAGACACAAGAUAUACAGAACAGCACCGCCACAUAGAACACAGAGUUGCCAACGACGAUGAGAACAUGGCGGCAAACUCUCGCGCACAGAGACACAGAGUUGCCAACCGAGAUAACAGGCACUUCGCCAUCAAGACACCAGGUAAGGAAAGUGCCAACGAGGAUGAACAAGGCACUUCGCACAAGACAAAGCAAAAGUUGCCAACGAGAGUGAACAGAGGCACUUAUUCGCCACAAGACACAGAACAGUUGCAAACGGUUGAUGAUCAGGCACUUCGCCACAAGACACAGGAGUUGCCAACGAGAUUAAACAGGGCACUUCGCCACAAGACACAAAGUUGCCAACGAGAUGAACAGGCACUUCGCCACAAGACACAAAGUUGCCAACGAGAUGAACAGGCACUUCGCCACAAGACACAGAGUUGCCAACACGAGAUGAACAGGCACUUCGCCACAAGACACAAAGUUGCCAACUGA